CCAGAUCUUUCUCGCACUCGCACCAACGGCUAUAAAAAGUAAGCAGUUAACAGUGAGCACUUAAAGUCUGAUAGUUUAUUAACAAAAACAAUAACUGAGUGAGUGAAUUUAUUUACACGCAUUUAUGUGUUUAUCAUUUGACUACUAAUUUAUUAUAAAAACACAACUGACGAUAGCAGUCUGAAAAAGUUGAAAUGGCCGGUGCAAUGUUGUUUGAGCGUGCUCAAGCCGCCUGUUUGACAAAUCGCAGCGAAGGAAUAUCCUUGCUCAACGAGAUUGUAUCCAAUCCUAAUGUUGGAGUGGCCGAAGAUGACGAAGAGAGCAUCCGCAUCAAAGAGCAGGGCAUCCUGCAGCUUGGUGAGCUUUACAAAAAAGAGGGUAAUGCUAGGGAUCUCGCUGAGCUCAUAAGAGCAACAAGACCUUUUCUCAGUUUUAUCAGCAAGGCCAAAGCUGCUAAACUGGUGAGAUCCUUGGUUGACUUUUUCUUAGACUUGGAGGCUGGUAUAGGAAUCGAGGUACAACUUUGCAAAGAAUGUAUAGAGUGGGCAAAAACAGAGAAGAGAACGUUCCUCCGACAGUCUCUGGAGGCGAGGUUGAUAGCUCUUUAUUUCGACACGGGGAUGUACACCGAGGCAUUACAACUGAGUUCAGCUUUGUUAAAGGAGCUGAAGAAACUCGAUGACAAGCAAUUGCUGGUUGAAGUACAGUUGCUUGAGAGUAAAACCUACCAUGCUCUGAGUAAUUUAGCUAAAGCUAGAGCAGCUCUGACCAGUGCAAGAACUACUGCGAAUGCUAUUUAUUGUCCACCUAAAAUGCAAGCUGCUCUAGAUUUACAAUCUGGAAUUUUACAUGCUGCCGAUGAACGAGAUUUCAAGACUGCCUAUUCUUAUUUCUAUGAGGCAUUUGAAGGGUAUGACAGCGUUGACAGUCCCAAAGCCCUUACAACUUUAAAGUACAUGUUGCUGUCAAAAAUAAUGCUACGUACACCUGACGAUGUCCAAGCUAUAAUGUCAGGAAAGUUAGCUGUUAAAUAUGCUGGCCGCGAUUUAGAUGCUAUGAAAGCUGUAGCUGAAGCCAGUCACAAGCGUUCACUUGCCGAUUUUCAAAAAGCUGUAAAAGAAUAUCGCCAAGAGUUGGAGGAUGAUCCCAUUGUUCGUGCUCAUCUUGGUUCUCUUUAUGAUACUAUGCUUGAACAAAAUCUUUGCCGAUUAGUUGAGCCCUAUUCGCGUGUUCAGGUUGCUCACAUAGCGUCAUGUAUAACAUUGCCAAUUGCUCAAGUAGAAAAGAAACUGUCUCAAAUGAUUCUGGAUAAGAAAUUGCUUGGAGUAUUGGAUCAAGGUGAAGGAGUGUUAAUUGUAUUUGAAGACGCACCACGUGAUAAAACUUACGAAAUAGCUCUUGAUACGAUACAUAGCAUGGGAAAAGUUGUGGAUACACUUUAUCAGAAAGCAAAGAAACUUACAUAGCCUUUUUAAUAUGAAAAUUUGUAUUCAUUAAAAUUCAUUAUAUAAUUACUACGAUUAACAA